AGACGUUGCUCGCGUUUAUUUUGCGUAACUUCCGGCAGAACUUCCUUUUUCAGCGUAGCAAGAGGAGAGGGUGCGUCGGCUAACAUGAGUAAGGUCUCCAGGGACACGUUGUAUGAAGCUGUGAAGGAGGUCCUUCAGGGUUCAUUGGCCAAACCUAGGAAGUUUGUGGAGACUGUGGAGCUGCAAAUCAGCCUUAAAAACUAUGAUCCCCAGAAGGACAAGCGUUUCUCCGGCACUGUCAGGCUGAAGAGUCUCCCCAGGCCCAAGUUCUCCGUGUGCGUCCUGGGAGACCAGCAGCACUGUGAUGAGGCUAAAGCUGCUGAAAUGCCCCACAUGGACAUUGAGGCUCUGAAGAAGCUUAACAAAAAUAAAAAGCUGGUGAAGAAGCUUGCCAAGAAGUAUGAUGCCUUCCUGGCCUCAGAGUCUCUCAUCAAGCAGAUCCCUCGUAUCUUGGGACCUGGGUUGAACAAGGCUGGCAAGUUCCCCUCCCUGCUUACCCACAAUGAAAACCUGAACACAAAGGUGGACGAGGUUAAAUCGACCAUCAAAUUUCAGAUGAAGAAGGUGCUCUGUCUGGCUGUGGCUGUUGGACAUGUGAAGAUGACGGAGGAUGAGCUCGUUUACAACAUCCAUUUGGCUGUCAACUUCCUUGUGUCUCUGCUGAAGAAAAACUGGCAGAAUGUGCGCGCCCUCUACGUCAAGAGCACCAUGGGCAAACCCCAACGCCUCUAUUAAAUGCAGCUUUUCUAUUAAUAAAAGUUGGAAAUGCUCCAAA